CUUAUACGUAUACUGUUGGUACCGAGUCGUAUCACCGGGUGCUACCGUCGACUGCCGCGAAUUGUCUCUCACUCGUGUUCGACAGUAUUUUACAGAUUCAGUGAAGCGGCCAUGAUCACGUAGCUCGGAUGUAACGAGGCAGCACUUCCAUUUGUUACGGUCUCUCGUCGCUGACUUCAUUCAUUCGUUUGCGAUUGCGAUUGCGACGGAAUAUAAUCCCGCUGAGCGUCUUCAAGCGCUUCGCAGCGCGCGAUGCCGCAUUCUACGACAUACUCUGCCGGUUCCCACAUGCGGGCUGCUUCCCAGACCCGCUCAUCCAGUGCGAAGCCCAUUGCCGAUUCGAACGGUGGACCGGGACAGGGAGAAACGGAGAAGUUUCCGGAUUUCGACGCUGGACACGCGUUUCCGCCCGGGCAGACGUCAGGCCAGCGCUGGCAGCAGAACGGCUACGGCUACGGCAAUGGCAGCGCCGCACGCUCGUCGGACCGCUGGCAUGUCCGGCGGGAUAGCAGAGUGAGAUGGGCGCCCCGAGAGCCGAUAUCGAGCUCCCUGGGCCACGGGAGCAAGAACAGUAUUAGCGGUGCCGUCCAUCGAAUGCGUUCCGCAAGCAUGAGCCAGAACGCCCAGGAGAUUGCGAAUGCAUUGCAUGCUCCGGUCUCGUGGAAGCUAGUUGUGCUUUGCAUCAUGUGGUACUGGUCGUCUGCUCUGACCAAUACCUCGUCCAAGACGAUCCUCACGGCCUUUGAUAAGCCGGCGACCUUGACCCUCAUCCAGUUUGCCUUUGUGUCGUCGUACUGCGUUCUGUUCUCGUGGCUGGCGUCUGCUUUUCCCCGGCUGAGAGCGGCGAUCCCAGCGCUCAGAUAUCCAAUCCGAUACCCGUCGCGAGAUGUGAUCAAGACAACCCUCCCGCUGGCGGCCUUCCAAAUAGGGGGCCACCUCCUCAGCUCGAAUGCCACGUCCAAGAUACCGGUGUCUCUCGUACACACAAUCAAGGGGCUGUCCCCGCUUUUCACGGUUCUCGCUUACCGCUUCAUCUUUGACAUCCGCUACCCCAAGGCGACAUACUUCUCCCUCAUCCCCUUGACCAUCGGCGUCAUGCUCGCCUGCUCCGGGAACCGCACCUUCAGCGGGCAAUACCUGGGCAUUCUCUACGCGCUCCUCGCCGCCAUCAUCUUUGUGACUCAAAACAUCUUCUCCAAGCGAUUGUUCAACGAGGCGGCGCUCGCCGAACAAGAAGGCCCAGCUGCGCACUCCCGGAAGCUCGACAAGCUCAACCUCCUCUGCUACUCCUCCGGCCUGGCCUUCAUUCUCACGGGGCCGAUCUGGCUGUGGUCCGAAGGCGUCGACAUCAUCGGUGAUUUCCUCUGGGACGGCAGCGUGGACCUGAUCCACAGCCCCAACUCGCUCGACCAUGGCCCGCUCGUGCUGGAAUACAUCUUCAACGGCACGUUCCACUUCGGGCAGAACAUACUCGCCUUCGUCCUCCUCUCGAUGGUCUCGCCAGUGACAUACUCGGUCGCAUCUCUGAUCAAGCGGGUCUUUGUCAUCAUCAUCGCCAUCAUCUGGUUCCGCAGCCCGACGACCAAGAUCCAGGCCGUGGGCAUUGCGCUCACAUUCUUAGGCUUGUACCUCUACGAUCGUAGCAACCACAAGAACAAGGCGGACCAGCGCGCGCGGGCUAUGACGGAGACGAAGAAGGAGGCCACCCUCCUGCCGCUGAGCACGAAGCACGUUGCCCCCUUGGGCCAACCGAAUGGAGCUCCCAUCUUCGAGAGUCCCGUGGCCACGUCCGAGUCUACGUCGACGGGACACGUCUACACGCAGGGCAGUGCAGCCGCAGCGGCUUUCGCGUCGGCUGCAGUGGUAGCCGACCCGAAGAAGUCGGACGAUGUGGGCGCGCGGGUCGGAACACGAAAUCGCGGGUCGAGCAAUGCCGCAUGGCUGCCGCCGGGGACGAGGCAGGAGGAUACCUGGCGGGCAGGCGACGGUCAGACCGCCGUGGCUGCAAGAUAAAGCAACACAUCGUGAUCAGUGUGUCCUGAAGAGUAAAAGAUACCGGGAAUUUACGUUGUUGGUGGCUGGGAUAUUGGGUCGAGCUUCUAGUUGGCAUGAUAGUGCCCUGGUCUGGCACCUCGUGGGCACGCGUGUGCGUUGGUAUGUUAGAUGAAAUCAUUGGCAUGGACUAAGGAUCUAGAGGGCGUUUUGUAUGGCUAUUUGGAAAAAAUAGGGCAUUGAUCCUUGUAACUGUAUGACGGAAUUUCACAGGUGAUAGAACUUGCAUCUCUACCAGUGGAGGACAUCAUCUCCACGUUAUGUGGUGACUCCCUGUUACUCCCCCCAACAACCGCUACCGUACCGUGCGUACUCAUCACCUAUGCGCUCUCCAGUCAUUCUUCUCAAUCAAUCAACCACUCCUCAACCUCGACCCCCACCGCCCUUCCCAACCCCCUAAUGACC